CCCGCUUAAGAAACACCAAGGAGAUCGCCAGCUCAGCCCCAUGGACAUUAGAACGUAUGGUAGGUUAAACGUCAGCCCCCGCAGAUGUUUUGACAGGGGAGGAGAUUCAUAUAGUCUAUGCGCCCCAGAUCUCAUCACGCAAUCUCCAUCUUUGCUGUCGUCACUCUUUUCGACGGCUACUGGUUCCUUGUCUGUUCCUGGGGAAGAUGGCGCGCCGUCUCUUAACUACCUUAUCUGCCUUAUCGUUGUCCGCCGGAGCUAUUGCUCAGGGAUGGCCUUACUUGACGUAUAAAACAGCUCCUUUUCAGCCGCCGCAGCUCAAUAUCACAACUUCUGGCGCUCCCCAAGCUCCUGGAUAUCUCUUCAUUGGCCCGAGAGGGAACCAGGCUGCUGGAACUGCCGCUCUGAUCUAUGAUCAAGAGGGUAAUCUCGUCUACCAGGGGCCGGACGAGGUAACAUCGAACUUCAAAGUCCAAAAGCUCCACGGCAAAGAUGUGCUCACUUUCUGGGCCGGGGACAUGAUGUCCAUCGGCUAUGGUUACGGCACUGUACAUAUCCUUGACGAUACCUACAAGGAGAUCUACACGGUGACACUGGAUGGGCCUUUCCUCAGUCCAAAUGGUAGUACUAUGGGGUCCUAUAUCGAUCUCCAUGAAAGCAAGGUCACAAACCGGAACACUCUUCUAGUCACUGCCUACAAUGUGACACAACAGGACCUGAGUGCCAUUGGGGGCCCGACGGACGGCUGGAUGCUCGACGGACAAUUCUAUGAGAUCGAUAUUCCGACAAACAAGAUUCUUUUUAGAUGGAGCGCCCUGGAGAACAUCGCUGAUAUCCCCUUCAAUGGUUCCCACCAGGGUUUGGGGAAGUCUGGUGCCAGUCAGGAGGACCCCUGGGAUGCUUACCACAUCAACUCCAUUACGGAGACGGAUGAAGGGUAUAUGGUGUCUCUCCGCCACUUCUGGUCCGGUUAUUAUCUGUACCGGAAUGGAACGAUCAAAUGGCAGUUGGAUGGCCAAAACGGCGGUUCCUUCAACCUCGGAACAGGCAACAACUUUUCCUGGCAGCAUGAUAUUCGCGUUGACAAUGAGACAUCUCAAGGUCUCGUGCUUACCAUGUUUAACAAUGCCAAUACGCCCACGGCCGAAGGACAGCCGACAACUGGUCUCAGCAUGGCUCUGGAUCUGGUUAACUGGUCUGUCUCUAACCUUAAGAACCUCUCCGACCCUAGCGAUGAGAUCCACAGUGUCAGUCAAGGCAGUUACGAACCGCUCGACAACUCAGUUGGACAUGUGGUCAUGGACUAUGGCUCCAUUGCAAAGGUCAAGGAAUAUGAUGCUGUCGGAAAUACCAUCAUGACAGCGCAGUUUGGGCCAGAUAAUGAUGUCGCAUCCUACCGUGGUUACAAGGCUCAGUGGGUAGGCACUCCAUUCUGGAAGCCUGCUGUCGUUAUCGAAGGCAACACUGUAUACAUGAGCUGGAACGGUGCCACUGAGUAUGACAACUGGGCCGUCUAUGGUGCUCAGACUGAGACCGCAUCCAACAAGACUCUCCUCGGCACUGUUGCUCGGACAGGAUUCGAGUCGAGUACUACUCUCAAGCAACUGACAACGCAGUACAUCCAGGUCGUUGCGCGAAGGGGCACAACUAACCUUGGAUACUCGGACAUGAUCAGCACUCAAUAAUUCGACCCAGCAUGUCGAAAGCAUAUUCUACCUCAGUGUAGUCUAACGAGGUCCGCAUGGCACUCAUCACGCCUCUGACACGACUUACCAUCUAAACUACGAGGCCCUUAAAUUGUGUUCUGAUAAUAUAUCCGUUUCUUGACACAAUUUAAUUAUUCUGUUUCGGUUUUUGGCUUGUACAGUACAUAUACAGAAUUUACCAUGCAUACCACUUUUUUCCUGACAUACUUAGCAAAACUGCCCUUUCAACGUACAUUCGUAAGCAUAUCACCUGCCGUGACUCGUGAGGUCACUGCAAAGGUCUUGUCUGGUCGGCCAUCGAUGGUUUGAGUCUAUGCGUCAGAAAUUGGGUUUAGUUCUGGGAUCGAGGACAGAAGAUCUUAUCUAAG